AUGACGGAGAAAGAUGCCGCCCAGCAGCGUGCCAGUCUCACGAGGACGCUGAGCCCGCACUCCAUGCCUGGCGAUAGGGGAAGCAGCAGGGGUAGCUACGAGACGGGCGAGUCGAGUGCCACCGGCAGCCUCCUCAACGACACGACGCUUUUGCCAUCGCCCGACGAGUCCAGCGGUCGCCGUCCACUUUCAUCGACUCCGAGAGAUGCUGAACAUACAAAUGGAUACCAUGGAAGGGAUGCGAGGAAGCAAAAAGCACCUAGGCAUCGUUCUAACGGAGCCUUCCUGCUACAGGAUGCCAUUCGCAACGAUGACGAUUCCGAGGAGGAGCAGGCACCCCGACUACGGCAUACAACGCGAAACAUUCCUCCCAGCCGAAGGACGAAAGACUCGGGGAGGGCAUCGGAUAAGUCUGGAUCCAGCGCUGGUCGCGAGGCCGGCUUCGGACUCGCUGGGCUCGAGAGCCCGCCAAGACGAAAUGGGGGCUCUUCGCCGACGCAACCUACAAAUAAACUGACGGUCAAGAAACGGGAUGCGUCUAACGGUAGACCCGUGUCGGGAAUGAGCUUCGCACCGCCUGCAAAUUCACCCCUCGAUAUCGACUCGGCGCAAAUCGUGAACAUGGCCCUCAACUUGAGCGAAUCCCGACGGCAGGUGUCACGGAGGAUUGCGCCACCCCAGGCAGUGCCGACGUUGGCACAACUUCCAGACGGCCCGACGGGCGCCAACCUCAAAAAUCACUACCAACAACAGAGAAGAAUGUCAAGGACGAGGUCUCCGGGGCCUGAAAAGGCACUGACGCCGCGAUUACCCUCCGCCGGGAUGCUCAGCAGCCCACUGCAGGCGACGUUCGAUAUGAGCCGGGAAGGCACCUUUCGGAAUCACUUCACCGCGUCAACCUUGGCACGAGUCCAAAAGGCAAAAGAACACCUCGAGCUCAUGGCCCAGUACAGGCGCCUCUUGGAGCUGGUGCCACCCAUACAGACGUACAAUCAAAGCCGUCCAACGACCGCCAGUCCCCCCACGUCCUCCGGAGGAGUUGCGAGGAUUCCGACGUACGGCAGUACCGAUGGAAGCGUGCGGCUGGGGCGCCCAUAUAACCCUCUGCAAUACAUCAGAAACAGAAAAGUGCGAGCUCGAGAGCGCAAGGCGAUUGAUGGCGAGGCUCAGGGUUUCGGAGAUUUUAUUAAAGUCGCCGACUGGGUUGACGAGGUAGCCAAAUGGGCCGCAACGGGACAGAUGAGUACAGACGGCUGCAUGCUGCCGCCUUUUACAGAUGCAGACGUGUCGGAACAACAAAAUGCUCUUCAAGCUACCACCAGUGCUAACAAGCCGAGAAGACCAAGGCUGGACUGGACGAUAGACGCAGCGGACCUACUCGCUGAUGUGUACUGGCUCGAGCAAGAUCACCACAAGCAGCUGAUUGAGGAUCGCCACUGGCGUCGAAUUUUCCCUCAGAACGUUGAACUGUAUAGAACUCUGUCUGGGCAGAACGACGAGUAUGGCAGCGACUCGGGACAAACACCGGGGCGAAGGGACUACGAAGGCAUAGGAUCCGUCAUCGAUCCCAAGACCAGCAACACGGGGCUUUCCAAGUCGGAUACGGAACACUCCACCGGGAGCGCUCGAGAACGUGCCCGCCAGAAGCUACACGAUCUUACUGGACACCACCAUCAUCAUAGGCACAGCAACUCAGUGCAUAGCCACUAUGACUGGAAAAACGGCAAGAAUUCGGUCUCUGACCUGUCCGAGAGCGAGAACGAAGGCAAGCUUAGGAAGGAGAGGAGGAAUCGGACAGGUACGCUUACCAGCAGUCACCAAGACCUUUUAGAGAAGCAGAUGCUCGAAAUGAUUGCCAAAGAGGCGCGUGAAAACAGCCCCAAGAAGCCAGAUGGAUCAGGAUACGUAACACCGGAGCGAAAUCCUGGAGUCACUUCACAUCCACAAUCACGGCAACAUAGUCGGAAGGCAUCUAUCGUGGAGGUGAGCGAGUCUGAUGAGAGAAAGAGUAAGGAAAAGCCUCGCUUCACUCCGCUGCACCUUCAACGCGGCAUGGGACGGUCGAGUUUGGAAAUCCCGGUGCCCGCGAGGAGAAGCUCCUUCGAAGUCGACUCGUCUCUCCCCAACUCUCCGGACGGCGCCAUUCGCGGAGACCCCUUUAUCCCCGCACUCGGCGGCGACCUUUCACCGGGAUCAAGUCGGGCUAAUUCCCCAACUCGAAACCCCUUUUCCAAGGUGAAGCAGAUCUUCCGGGAGCGUAGCAAGGAAAGAGUGGGCUCGCGCAUCUCAGAAGAGAGAUCCAGCGCAGAGGAUCUGGCCAGCGCACCGAAGACUCCAUUUGAGGUCUCACCGGAAUCGUCAGGAGACCGGAGAUCGAUGGAGAGGCGGGGGUCGUCUAGAAGCCCGCCUCGGAAAGUCACCCAACGUCCGACAGGCGAAAGCCACAAAUCUCACCGCAGUGUUGCUAGCACCAAGCUGCGCAGCGACGACCUAGGAAUGCGAGGAUUAUUCAAAGGGGCCCGCAUCGAUAACGUUAUACGUGGUGGUGUGUCAAAGCUCGGUGAUUUGAUCUGGCGUAAGGAGUCAGAGACUGGCGAUGGCCCGUCCGAAGCCGAGGGCACCACGACGGAUGAAUCAGACACCGAGCAGAGAGGCAGGAAAAGAGGCGAGACGCCCCUCUCCAGGACAGCUUCCAUCCGGAGUCAGGGUAUGCGCCAGCAGAACGGCAAGAACUACCUCGACAUCAUGCCAGCCUUUGAAUCUUCUCACGAGAAGCUGAGGCACGUUGAGAGCGAGCCAGCGAGACUUCCGGACACGUCGCCGCCGUCAGCAAGCCGUAAGUCGCCUCGUUUUGACAGGCUGAAGCCGCCGCGUAUCGACAUCCUGAGUGCAUCUCCAACCUCAUCAUUCGGAUCGACGAAGCGCUUGUCGGAUGUCUCGGAGGGCGAGCCGCUGUCAGGCAGCCACAGUGCUGGUUUGAAAGAGGCGGAUAAGCGCCUCAACAAAAUCAUCGCCAUCCCGCCCUCAUUUCCACCCAACGGCCGUCCUGGGUCUUCCUCCAAUCGAAGCCGACACUGGUCCAUCUCUGACCAUAGUCCCGCACCUGACCGAGCGCCCAUGUCGAAGCGUGAAGUCGCACGACUCCGCGCCCUAGUCUUGAGCUCCGGCAUCAAAGCGAUGGAGAUUACCCGCCGCGCCAAUGAGCCCCAACUAGCGUUUGCAAACCGACAGACGCCGUCCCAGAACGAUGUUCAGGUCGCGAACGUCUUCUGGCCCAAGAUUGCAGAGCUCAGCCCCGAUCCCGCCAGCUUGCGCAACAAGGCCGUCCCGCAGACGGAGCUGUACCAGUUUGCCGCCAAGACCCUCGGCAAAUCUAUCCAGUGCGCCGGUCAGGACUGGCAAAAGACGGCGGACCACUUUGUGGCCGACACCGUCCCGGGGCUGCACCGCCGCGUGGAGGACGUCCGCCGGCGGGUAGCGACGGACCUUUCGGCCAUGACGCGGGCGGCGGCCGACGAGGCGGACGAGACGAGCCGCGAUCUCACGUUGGGGCAGCGGCUUAAGAUCAAGCACACGCUCGACGUCAUCGAGGCCAUGCUGCGGCGGCGCAGACGUAGGUUCCGCUGGGUCCGUCGCGCCAUGUGGCUCGCUGUCGAGUGGGUGCUUGUGGGGUUCAUGUGGUAUGUGUGGUUUGUCGUGAUGAUCCUGCGAGUAUUUUGGGGUGUCGGGCAGGGGGUUGUGGGAGCUGUUAGGUGGUUAUUAUGGUUGUGA